AUGUCUAUUGGAUAUGGGGGUCCUCCCCCUCCUGUCCCACCACCCUACGGCUUCAAUGGGACUCAAGGUCCUCCACCGGGGCUACAGAACUAUGGAGGAAUGCAAUACGGAUACUCCAAUUGCCAAGGACAGAAGAAGGCACUUUUAAUUGGAAUCAACUAUUUCGGUACAAGAUACCAAUUAAAUGGUUGCAUCAAUGAUGCUCGUACUAUGUUCACGUUCUUGACUCGAGAAUGGGGUUAUUCUCCAGACGAUAUAGUUAUGCUUACUGAUGAUCAACCAAACUAUCUCAGCAUACCUACACGGGAAAACAUCAUUAGAGCCAUGCAAUGGCUAGUCAAAGAUGCGCGACCCAAUGACUCAUUAGUCUUUCAUUAUAGUGGUCAUGGAGGUCAGACUCGUAACUGGGAUGGAACGGAAUCUUCAGGUUACGAUGAUACAAUUAUGCCUGUUGAUUUCAAAAUAACAGGAGAGAUUGUAGAUGACAUAAUGCACGACAUUAUGGUUCGUCGACUUCCUCCUGGAUGUAGAUUAACGGCACUAUUUGAUUCAUGUCACAGUGGUACAGCCUUGGAUUUACCCUUUGUUUACUCCACUAGGGGAAUCGUUAAAGAACCAGACCCAAUAAAGGAUUCCGGGUCGUCUUUAUUACAAGCAGGGAAGCUGUUUCUACUUGGCGAUAUCAACGGAGGAUCCAAUGGCAUUAACUCCGCCUUUAACCAUUUGUCUGGUAACGGGAGAUCCAAUAGACAAUACCAAAUAGCUUUAAAGUUCUCACCAGCAGAUGUGAUCUCAAUAUCUGGUUGUAAAGAUGGUCAAACGUCUGCAGAUUCAAGUUUAGGUGGUGUAGCAGGAGGAGCAAUGUCUAAGGCAUUUAUUGAGGUGAUGUCCCAAUAUCCUAAUCAACUGUACUUAUCACUAUUGAAUAAUAUGAGAAUCAUCUUAUUCAAUAAGGGAUAUCCCCAGAAACCUCAAAUGAGUUGUUCACAUCCUUUAGAUAUGAACCUACGAUUUGUUAUUUGA